AAAAAUACAGACAAAGCCUCUUCCGUCCUGGGCUUUGGUUGGUAUUGACUUUGACCCCAGGGACAGCCAGGACCUUAGGGUCUGGGACAUCACUUCAUGUGGGAGUGCGGGAUGGACUGAGAGGUGUUCGCUUGGGGAAGAGGACCGGCGGCUUCUUCCCAGUGUGGAGAAGAGUCUUGUGGCCAGAAGACUGGCUCUGCCUUACACAGAGGCACUCUUGUCACUAUCCAGGCAGUGCUGUUUUACAGUUUAGUGUGUUGCAGCCCUGGGAGUAGAGGGGCCACAGUUAAAACUUAAGUGCUGUGUCGAGUCCUUGUGUUGUCAUUGGAGAAGGUGAUCAGAAAAAUGCAAGCUUAAAGUUAUCCUGGAGCUGGAGCUGGGGAAGAGGAGGCUGUGUUGAGCUGGGCAGGUAGUGGGUCAAAAGGAGACCAGCAAAGGUAGGCCUAGAGGAGAACUUAGCAAAAGUUUGUCAGUCUCCCUACACCUUCUGAAUCUUACCCCUACUUUGAACGUUUUCAGCCUGUGGAGUGAAACUGUGGGAUAACUACAGUGGAGGAUAACUAUUCCGAAGGAGGAUUGGCACGGGGGCGCAGGGGUCCUUGAUGCCUGCUAGUUGAUCUGCUGCAGGUCUGGUUGCGGCAUGAGCUCGGGUGACCCGUGCGUUUGUGAACCCUCGCUGCUCUGCCCACCUGCCUGUGGCCUUUGUGUCUUACCUCUGCCAUUGAACUGUCAAGUCCUGGAGUGCAAGGACACCUCUGGUGGUUGGAAAGUCCAAGACGAAGGCACUGGCAGAUUUGAUGUCUGUGCAGGUCCGAAUCUGAAGGAGUGGCUGAGGGAGCAGUUUUGUGACCGUCCACUGGAGCGCUGCGAGGACACGAGGCUCCAUGACGCAGCCUACGUGGGGGACCUCCCGACCCUCCGGAGCCUGCUGCAGGAGGAGAGCUACCGGAGCCGCAUCAACGAGAAGUCUGUGUGGUGCUGUGGCUGGCUGCCCUGCACACCACUGCGCAUCGCGGCCACUGCAGGCCACGGGGACUGCGUGGACUUCCUGAUCCGGAAGGGGGCUGAGGUGGACCUGGUGGACGUGAAGGGACAGACGGCUCUGUACGUGGCCGUGGUGAACGGGCACCUGGAGAGCGCCCAGAUCCUUCUGGAAGCCGGCGCCGACCCCAAUGGAAGCCGGCACCACCGCAGCACCCCUGUCUACCACGCCUCCCGGGUGGGCAGGGCAGACAUCCUGAAGGCCCUCAUCAGGUACGGGGCCGACGUCGACGUCAACCACCACCUGACUCCUGACGUCCAGCCCCCUUUCUCCCGGCGGCUCACCUCCUUGGUGGUCUGCCCCCUGUACAUCAGCGCAGCCUACCACAACCUGCAGUGCUUCCGGCUGCUCCUGCAGGCGGGGGCGAACCCGGACUUCAACUGCAACGGUCCUGUCAAUACGCAGGGCUUCUACAGGGGCUCCCCCGGGUGCGUCAUGGAUGCUGUCCUGCGUCACGGCUGUGAGGCGGCCUUCGUGAGCCUGCUUGUGGAGUUCGGAGCCAACCUGAACCUGGUGAAGUGGGAAUCCUUGGGCCCGGAGUCGAGAGGCAGAAGGAAGGUGGACCCCGAGGCUCUGCAGGUCUUUAAAGAGGCCCGAAGUGUCCCCAGGACCUUGCUGAGUCUGUGCCGCGUGGCCGUGAGAAGAGCGCUUGGCAAAUACCGACUCCAUCUGAUUCCCUUGCUGCCUCUGCCAGACCCCAUAAAAAAGUUUCUACUUUAUGAGCAGAAUUCACGAGCAGUGGUUGACUUCAGUGAGGAGGAAGCAAUGUGCAGAGCAAGUCGACACCGAUUCUUGCCCCUGUGACCACGUCCUGUGCUGCUGACGAAAUCCCACCUGGCUGUCGGUGAAGCGGAAUCAGCCUUGCUCUCAUGGACUGUAUUCCGUCUCGGGUGCUUGGGGCAUCGGACGGUCCUUGGGUCGGUAUCAGCCGAAAGGCUCGUACAAAACUUAAUUUUGUUCUUCCUCAAUAUCUGUGUUUUGGAAAUUAAUGAAACGGGCCUUGAAACGCGAGCAAGCUCGGGCCAAGGUUGCAGGCCUGCUAACAUCCCCGGCAGGGAGAGCCAGCACUUCCCAGAGCUGGGCUUCUGCGUUUACCCCUCAGCGUGGCAGCUCGGGGAACGCGAGACGAAAAGGAGCCUUGGUAUAAAAGCGCAGAGACGCGGUUCCUGAACUCACUGGUUUGUUUUCCCUGCGCCUGGGGCAGACGUGUGACAUUUAUCGUGCGCAGCCCCUUUCCUUGCCGCUUCACUGUUCUCUCCUUGUGGCGGAGGCGUCAUAUCAAUUGUCUUCAUUCAAGGACGCUUUCCUGGCCGCAUGGAUUGGCUUUACGGCCUCAAAGUCAAUACCUGCAUCUGUUCACAGCCUCGUUAGGUAUCGCCCAGAGUUCUGCGGCGCUGCGCCUGUUCUGAUACCUACCUGUGCCCAGCAUCGUGCCAACACGUCUCACGAGUUCUCUGCCCUUUCACUUCGGGGCGCUUCCAGACAGUUGAUUGAUUUUAGGAGGCCAGCGCUGAAAUAGCCAGUAAUUGACUGCCCGCAUUCGGACCAAGGAACGUCCAACAGCAUUCACUGCCAGUUCUAAAAGCAGAAGAUGCCUGCGGCGCUGUCUUCUAGUGCCUGCACGUACCGGAAAGUGGAAACUUUAGUCAUCUUCCGGGUGGUUCUAAGCUUUCAGUUGCUUUGUGUUCAGUGGACAAAACGUCUGGUGUUUGGUUGAUUCAUCUUCACUUUUUUGGACCUAAUGUCUUGGUAGUUGCUCCUAGAACCGAAGAACAGGGAUAGCAGUGAGGUCAGAGGUCUUUCCCUGGCCUGCUGGGGCUGGUGAGAAGUGAGAGGAACGAGCUGGCUUGUCACCUGACGGCCGGCUCGGCUGUGGGCAGGGCUGACUCUCACACCUGGGCUGCGCGGCCAGGUGUGUGGCCGUGUCGGCACAGGUGGGCCAGCGGCUGCCUCUUUAGAGCCUCCAGGUGCUGCUGUUUCCAGGGAAAUCACAUCUGGUCAUUUGAGGCCUCAGGGCCAUUGUGUGGAUCCAUGGUGAUCCCGACCUUUAGAAGUGUUUAGAAACGGGCAGGUUUCAAAUCUGUGUUUGGAUUUUCUGCAAUAAGAGAAAUCUAAUUUGUAACAAUUGAACUAAUGAUAGGGGUUUGUUUAAUUAUUAGCCCCAUUCUGUGUCUUCACCGACCAGACAGGCAGUGUCUGGUCAUCGUCUUCUGUGGCUCGAGGAUGGAAUUCUGAACCCCACCUCCUGUGUCAUGGAUGGACGUGUGUUGGACAGCCAGGCUGGCCCGUAUAUGCACGUAUGAGGUCUGAGGGGAGAACGGCCGUCGAUGAUUUGGGGGGGGGGGGCCGACGUAGCCGCUGGAGGUUUCACCCCGUUACAAGCGGUGGCCAAGGCGUAAGGUUGGAUGGCUUCUGAGGCCCGAGGCCGGGCUGUGUGCUGCUGCUCAGGACGGGGAGCCUGCCUGGCCGCUCGCAUUCAGAGCUCGGAGUGGGGAGGGGCUUCCUGAGAGGAGAGCAGCUGCGGGUGGGCGGCUGAUGUGGCCCUUUGCAACCGGAGCCAGGUGCUGCAGGGUUU